GGAGGAGCAUCCAAACACACACAAAACCAGAACACAGUUUUCCAAAAGGAAUUUUUCUCAGAGUUUGUUUGUUUGUGCUAAAGCCAAACUUUAAUCUUUUUUGUUUUGUUUUUAAUUAAGUUGUAGAUACCUUCCAAGUUAUUUGACUGAACAGAUCAUAACCUGUCUCUGUAAAACUCCUCCCAUUAAGGAAGGAGACAACUGCAGUCCUUCAUAAACAGCCUGCAGUCUUCUGCUCUGGUGAGUUUAGCUUUGUUUUCAGUUUAUCGAGAGUCUCAUUUUCAGCACUGUGAAAGAAAGUAAUUAUUAACUGGACCUACAAAGUCGUCUGUUUAACUGAAAAGAAACCUGAAAUUAGAGUGUUGUUACUUUUAACAAACUGAAAGUGAAACUCUGACCAUUCGGACUGGAGAGAACAACAACUACAGUAAAAUAAAAUGGCUUCUAAGUUUUCAGAGGAGGAUUUCUCCUGUCCUGUGUGCUGUGACAUCUUCAAGGAUCCUGUUGUUCUGCACUGCAGUCACAGUGUGUGUAAAGUGUGUUUGCAGCAGUUCUGGGAGACCAAAGGAUACAGAGAAUGUCCUGUUUGUAGGAAGAAGUCAUCUAUGAAUGAUCCUCCCAAAAAUCUGGCCUUAAAGAACCUGUGUGAGACUUUCUUACAGAAGAGAAGUCAGAGAUCUUCAUCAGGGUCUGAAACAGUCUGCAGUCUACACAGUGAGAAACUCAAACUCUUCUGUCUGGAUGAUCAACAGCUGGUAUGUUUGGUGUGUCGGGAUUUAAGAAAACACCCCGAUUACAAAUUCUUCCCCAUUGAUGAGGCAGUAACAAACUGUAAGGAGGAGCUCAAAACUGCACUGAAGCCCCUACAGGAGAAACUAAAGAUCUUUACAGACUGUAAACUGAACUGGAGUCAGACUGCAGAACAUAUAAAGAUUCAGGCCCAACACACAGAGCAUCAGAUUAAGGAGCAGUUUGAGAAACUUCACCAGUUUCUACGAGAUGAAGAGGCAGUCAGGAUCGCUGCACUGAGAGAGGAAGAGGAGCAGAAGAGUCAGAUGAUGAAGGAAAAGAUUGAGAAGUUGUGCAGAGACAUAUCAUCUCUUUCAGACACAAUCAGAGCCAUAGAAGAGGAGAUGAGAGCUGAAGACGUCCUGUUCUUACAAAACUACAAGGCCACAGUGAAAAGAGCCCAGUGCACACUGCAGCAUCCAGAGGAGCUUUCAGGAGCACUGAUCCAUGUGGCAAAACAUCUGGCCAACCUGAAGUUCAGAGUCUGGGAGAAGAUGCAGGACACUGUCCAAUACACCCCUGUAACUCUGGACCCCAACACUGUUCAUCCUAAACUCAUUGUAUCUGAUGAUCUGACCAGUGUGAGACUCAGUGAUGAAGAACAGAAACUUCCUGAUAAUCCAGAGAGAUUUAAUAAAUAUUGCUGUAUCCUGGGCUCUGAGGGCUUUAACUCAGGGACACACUGCUGGGAUGUUGAUAUUGGAGACUGUACAGACUGGUCAGUGGGUGUGAUUACAGAAUCUGCUCAGAGGAAGGGGGAGAUAAUCUCCAGAAGUGGAAUCUGCUGUUUGGGUUAUUGUGAAGGUAAAUAUGGAGCAUGUUCUACAACACAGACAUUCACUCCCCUCUCAGUAAAACAGAAAAUCCAGAGGAUCAGAGUGAAACUGGACUGGGACAGAGGAAAGCUGUCAUUCUCCAACCCUCUUACUAACACACACAUACACACUUUCACACACAUAUUUACUGACAAAUUACUGCCAUUAAUAUAUGUUUUUAAUAAAGAAUCUCCUCUAAAGAUCCUCCCACUUCAGUGCUCUGUAAGAGUGAAUCAGAUCAGUUAGAGCUCAUAUUGUUUUUUUCCAGAUUAUUAAUGAAAUAUUGCAGAUUAAAAGAUUCAGAUUCUUUGUGAAAGUUUGUUGACACACACACACACACACACACACACACACACACACACACACACACACAAAAUACACAAGAGAUUUUGAUUAGGAAAAAAUAACUGAACAAAGACAGGAUGUAUUUCUGUAAGUCUAGAAACCGAAACCACAAAUUAAAAAGACAUUGUACCUGUAACUGAAACAGCACACAGUUUGUCUAAACAGAAAACACUCAAAGUCCAUAACGUUUUUUCUUCUUUGUUUUUUUUUUAAAGCCCAUAAUCGAGCUACCUGAUAAGAAGCUUUUAAAAAAUGGAGAACAAGUUUGACAUUUCUCUGAAGAUCUUUAUAAGUUUAACCCAGUUAGAAUUAGUAAUAAAGUUGUACUUGAAUUUAACCCAGAUAGGGAUACUAAUAAAGUUUUGUUGUAAUAUGUUCUAGAAGAAUCUGUUAGUUUGUUGAUUGCUUUUUUUGUUGUUGUUUUUAAAGAAUUUUAUUGCAAACAAAGCAAGAACAACACAAUUCUAAACAAGUAAAUUAAAAAAACUUAAUCAGGGAGGAUAAAAGUAACUAGCAAAUAACAAAAGAUAAUCAAACACACACACGUGUAUGCUCACCCACCCCCACCUCCUCCACAAACACACACAUACACACACACACACACACAGAAAUAAAAUGCAAAGGAGAGCACCAGAAGAAAAACUACAAAUCUAUAUAAAUAACAUGAAUGUAAAAUUAUUUUUAAAUACAUUAAAGAGGGGUAUACUAUUAUUCAAUUAAUUAAUAAAAAACCUAUCAAUUAUGAAUUAUAAAUAAAUGAUAAAGAUUAACUUUAUAUUUAUAUUACAAAUAUUAUAAAAUAUUGAUGCUCCUCCAUCUUGUAGUUGUUAGGAGUUACUGGGACAUUUCCCUGCUAGACCACAAGAGGGAUUGCUGGCAGGAAUUUAUUCAUAGCCUGCUUUGUGAUUGUUGUUUCCACGUGUGUUGUGCCAUGUCCUUCCUAUUGUUCCUCUUUCCCUUUACCCUGAUAUUCUGCCCUCUAUAUACCUGUCUAGUUUUAUCUGUUUUGUCAGCCGUUGAUUUAUGUUCGUUCUGUACGGUCUGGUGCAGGUGUGUUUUCAGGUUCCCAUGUUAUAGUUUUGUUUUUGUUACUCAUGUUGUAUUUGUCCUUGUUUUAGUCUUAGUUUUGUUAAUAAAGUAGCACUUUUAUUUUA